AUGGGUAAAGACUUCCAGUUGCGCCUUUUGCCAUGGGUCCCCGAGGCCUGCAUCAUUCCGGAUGAGGACAUUCAGUGGCUGGUUGAUGGCCAGCAUCCGGACCCCAAGCAUGUCCUCGGUGUUCAGGUCAUUGGCUCUCACGUCGUCCUGCGCUGUUGGAUCAGUGGAGCCCAGUCCGUCACCGUCACGAACACAGAGGAGGUCUUCAUCCCCGAACUCUCGGAUGCGCGGGAGGAUCCUCCGGAGCAGGUGGCCCUCCUGCCGGUGGAGCGCUGCCCUUCUGAGUGCCCAUGGCUCUUCGAGCGAGCCUUUGAGUUUGUAGGUGUGGACGACAAGUCCGAGUUGCAAAAUUGGAAUUACGAAGUCAACAUUCAGUUCCAGGGCGGGUCGGGCUGCACCAUCACGUACCCACACUCCCUCGGAGCGCUGCUCCCGGAGUCCUUCCUCACCGGCUUUGCUGCCGGCUUGACGGAGACACCCCUGGCUUCCAUGUUCGGUGCUCAUCACAUGGAGCUGCGCAGCCACAAACCAGGACUUUGGGGCACGCGCUUCGCGGUGUGGGCCCCGAACGCCCACUCGGUCAGCUUGGUCGGGGACUUCAACUACUGGGAUGGUCGGGCGCAUCCCAUGUGUUGCCGCGACAAGUUUGGCGUUUGGGAGCUCUUCUUGCCCGAAUGGGACCUCCGGGGCCAGAAGUACGCCUAUCAGGUGGCGUCUCCAGAGCUUGAGUCGGUCAUCAAAGCGGACCCAUGUGCCUUAGAGUUUGUGGAUCCGUCAGAUGGCGGGCACGACGCAAAGGUCCCGGAGUGCGACGACUACAGCAGAGCAGCAUGGAACGGCAGCUACGCGUGGACCGAUGAAUCGUGGAUUGCCAGCCGACAGGCCAAGUUUGGCAGCGCCACAUGGUGCAAGGAGCCACUAUCCAUCUACGAGGUACAUCUGGGAAGCUGGAGCAUGACACCUGCAAGUUCCAACUAUCGGGACAUUGCAGAGCCCUUGGCGAAGCACGUGCUGGACCUCGGCUUCACUGCUGUGGAGUUCCUUCCGCUCUCGCAGUAUCCCUGUGAGCAAUCCUGGGGCUACCAGUGCGCGGCGGGCCUCUUUGCAGUGGACAGGCGAUUGGGCACUCCAGAUGACUUCCGCUACCUCGUCGACACACUGCACCGCUACGGCAUUGCGGUGCUCAUGGAUUUCGUAGGGGCGCACUUCGCAAAGGACGAGUGGGGCCUUGUGAACUACAGCGGUGGGCCGCAGUACGAAUACGAAGGGACGGUCGGUGAGAUCCCAGGGUGGGGAACCGCGCGCUACAACUAUGCCAAGCCAGAAGUCCAGGCAUACUUGCUGGGCGCUGCUCAUCACUGGAUCGAGCACUUCCACAUUGAUGGACUCCGAGUCGAUGCUGUCGCAGCGAUUAUCUACCGCAACUUCGGGAAAGAGGAGGAUGGCGAUGCCAUCAUGGCCGGAAAGGGCCAGCUGAACGAAGAUGGCAUCGCCUUGCUUCGCCGGCUAUGCGCUGAGGUGCGCUCGCGGCAUCCGGGCGUCAUCCUUUCGGCCGAGGAGUCCACGAACUUCCGAUGGGUGACGGAUCGCCCAGCCGAGAAUGGCACUGAGAGGCAGCGAGUGGAGAUCCGAGAUCUGGGGUUCCACCUCAAGUGGAACAUGGGUUUCGUCUACGAUGCUCUCUCAUACUUCGGUGCGGACCCAAAAGAACGACCGCAACUGAACACCUUCGGGUGGAAGACGUUGGCAUGGUAUUUGGCUUAUGCGUUCAACGAGAGAUGGGUGCUCCCGUUCUCUCAUGACAACAUGCAGCCGAAAAGCUUGCUAGACCAGAUGACACCCAUUGGAAUAGCGGGCCUCGAGGGCAAGUUCGCGCAGCUUCGUUUGCUGUUCAUGUACACCGUCGGCAUGCCGGGACGACCGCUCAUGUUCAUGGGCUCAGAGAUCGGUGAAGGCUUUUCCUUGACUAACCCGAUUGACUGGGAGCUUGCAGCCAUGGACCCCAACAAGCAGCAGUUGCGCAGUUGGGUGGCCAAGCUCAUGAAGCUAUAUCGCCAGCUGAAAUGCCUUCACCGGCAGGAGGACCGCUCAGACGGAUUCCACUGGCUCGACAAGGAUUUUAGCAGCCGAUGCGUCUAUGCUUGGAAGCGCCUGGCCAAAGACGAGCCCGAGGCCAUUAUUGUCAUCAAUGCUUCCAUGACGCACAUCAGCCAAUACUACGUCAACUCCGGAGACACUUCCGGAGCUUGGAAGUGCAUGGCUGCCACAGCUCUGGGCGACUGCAUGACCACACCGCGCUCUGCGCGGGUGGUGCUGGGCCGCGCGAAAUUUGCAACAGAGCUGCCUCCCAUGGCCGCGCAAAUCUGGGUGCCUUGCGAGUGCCAGGAAGCGGAACAUGAAGUGGCCGUCCUCAACUUCGAGGUCCAGCACAAGGAUACAAAGCCUGGGGAUGAACUGCGAUUGGUCGGCAACUGCGCCGAGCUCGGGAAUUGGACUGUGUCGGAGGGCGUCGUCAUGGAGACAGACGCUGAGUCUUUUCCAUUCUGGCACACGUCCAUAAGAAUUCCCUCAGACAUCCGCACCCUUGAGUUCAAGAUGGUUGCGGUCUCGUCUUCUGGCAAGGAGAAAUGGGAGCCUCUGCACUUCAAUCGAUGCGUCAGCAUCAUCCCGGGACUGGUGGAGCGGGUGACUUGUGAGUUUGGACAGGUGUAG